UGUGCCAUCUCUAUUGACUCCACAUCAUGCUUGCUCUUGCUCGUAUUUUUGUUUUGUUUUGAUUUCAAAUUGGACAAAAUAAUCAGAAAAUGUCUGAAACAAUAGCUGACGAGAAGCCCAAAGAUAAAUCUAGGGGAAACAGACGGAAGGACAAGAAGGACAAGACCAGCCAGAUCGUCAAGAUUGUGAUGCGGCAUUUACCGCCCACCAUGACAGAGGCUGACUUCCUGGACCAGGUUGGUCCAUUGCCAGAAAACGACUCUUACUAUUACUGCUCUGCGGACUGGUCCUUGGGCCAGGAGGCCACCUGCCGCGCCUAUAUCGACAUGUCCAUGAAGGACAUUGCCGAGGUGCUUCAGUUCCGAGACCGAUUUGACGGCUAUGUCUUUGUUGACUCCAAGGGCGUGGAGUACGUGGCCAUUGUGGAGUAUGCCCCCUUCCAGUGCUUCUUAAAGAACAAGGCGCGGAAUGACGACAGCAAGGUGAACACCAUAGAAAGCGAGUCGCACUAUCAGGAGUUCAUCCAACGGCUGGCUGACGAACGUGAGGAGGCCAGUCGCAUGGGCGAGGUCAAGAUCGAGUUCAACUUUGACCGGCGAGCGGACGAGAAGGUCAAAUCCACACCGCUACUGCAGUACCUGGCGAACAAGAAGGAGAAGCGUCGGGAGGAGGCCCGCAAGCGGAACGAGGAAAAGCGCAAGCAGCGCGAGGAGCAGAAGCAGGUGCGCUUGGCGGAGCAGUCGAACGCGGGAAAACCCAGGGAGGAGGGAGGUGCUUCAGGAGACAACAAAAAGCCUGUCGGUAACAACGCUAAAAAGGAUGGCAAGGAGACCUUGUCAACCGUUGCUCAAGGCAACGAAGCUGCGAAGACUUCACGUUCCAAACGCCGCACGGAGCGCGAUCAGCGCCGGCGGGAGGAGCACGAGCAACGCAAAUUGGCCCGCAAUCGGGCCAAACGAGAUAAGAAAAAGCCAGAGGGACAGGGCAAACAAGACAAGGACAUUGUCAUUCUUAAAAAGGAAAACAAACCUGAGGCAAACGAUAGUGAGGAGUUGCCAACUUCUUCGAAAGUGUUGGUAGAUGAAAAAACCGAGGUUCCAGAAGCUAUAAAAAAAUGUGUGCAGGCUGCCGGAGUUCAGAAGGAUAAAAAAGCCAGCGGGGAAGCACAUACUGCGGCUAAUUCGCAGGAAUCAACUGCCGAGGACGCCAUAAAGGCGGCUCAAUUUCGGGCAUCGGAGGAGCGACGCAUUCGCAACAAGGAUCGUCCCUCGAUUGCUAUUUAUCAACCUAAGGUGCGAAUCCGCCUAGGAUCGGAAGAGUUGACCCAAAGUGUGGGUUGCAAAGAUGCUUCGGAUGGCGAGAUUUCUGUAGUUGAAGAAAAAUCGGGUAAGAAAGGCAAGCGCUCCAAUCGGCGAAACAAAUCCAAGCCCAAGGAAACCAAGGAGAGCCAGCUGGAAGACCGACGCGUUUCAAAAUCCUCGGAAAGCAGCAAUAGUGUAAAAUAGCGAUAAGGAAAUUUAUUGUUAAAUAAGCGUUGCUCACUUAAAUGAACCGUAAGGUCAGUAGAACUCAUCCUCCA